AUGCAGGGUACCCAGAGCACCCGCUUCUUCCUGUACGACAAGCAGUGCCGCCCGCUGGCCAGCAGCCAAGUGGAAUUUCCGCAGAUCUACCCGCAUGCCGGGUGGGUGGAGCAGGACCCUCUGGCCAUCUGGCGCAGCGUGCAGGAGGCGGUACAGCAGACCAUGACUGCUGCACUGGAGCAGUAUGGUGCCCUGACUGUCACCGCCAUUGGCAUAACCAACCAGCGCGAGACGACCGUUGUGUGGGACCGGCAGACGGGCCAGCCGCUGCAUAAUGCCAUUGUGUGGCUGGACAACCGCACCGCCGCCAUCUGCCGCUCCGUGGUGGAGCAGCUGGGCAGCAACGACUACUUCCGACCAGUCACGGGGCUGCCCGUCUCUACCUACUUUUCCGCCUACAAGCUCAAGUGGCUGCUGGACAAUGCGCCCGCGGUGGCGGCGGCGGCCGCCCAGGGGCGCUGCAUGUUUGGCACCGUCGACUCCUGGCUCAUCUACCAGCUCACAGGUGCGCCUGUGGCAUGGAGUGAUUGCGGCGCCGCCGGCGGCGGGCUGCACCUGACCGAUGCCAGCAACGCCUCGCGCACCAACCUGAUGGACCUGCGGACGCUGACGUGGCACAAGCCCACGCUGCACCUGUUUGGCGUGCGCCCCGACAUGCUGCCCGACAUCCGCAGCAACGCCGAGGUGUACGGCACCGUGGCGGUGGAUGGGCCCCUGCAGGGCGUGCCAAUCGCGGGCUGCCUGGGCGACCAGCAGGCGGCGAUGAUGGGGCAGCGGUGCGCGGUGCACGAGGCCAAGAACACCUACGGCACAGGCUGCUUCAUGCUGCUCAACACGGGGUCCGAGCUGGUGCAGUCCAGCCACGGCCUGCUGAGCACGCUGGCCUUCCAGCUGGGCGCCGGCGCCGCCCCCUCCUAUGCCCUGGAGGGCAGCAUCGCCAUCGCGGGGCAGGGCAUCAGCUGGCUGCGCGAUCGCUUGGGCUUCAUCGCCUCGGCCGCAGACUCGGAGGAGGUGGCGGCGGGGGUGCCCGACAGCGGCGGCGUCUACUUUGUGCCCGCCUUUGGCGGCCUGCUGGCGCCCUGGUGGCGCGACGACGCACGGGGGGCCAUCGUGGGGCUGACCCAGUACAGCACCAAGGCCCACAUUGUGCGGGCGAUGCUGGAGGCCAUCUGCUUCCAGACGCUGGAUGUGCUGCUGGCCAUGCAGCAGGACGCCGACUGCAGCGAGCUGCGCACGCUGUUUGUGGACGGAGGCGCCAGCCAGAACAGCCUGCUGAUGCAGAUGCAGGCCGACAUCCUGCAGGUGCCGGUGCGGCGCCCGGCGCACAUGGAGACGACGUCGCUGGGGGCGGCGCUGGCGGCGGGCAUUGGGGUGGGGUUCUGGACUGCUGAGGAGGCGUUUGAGGACCUGAAGCACAACACGGGCACGCUGUUUGAGCCGCAGAUCACGGCAGCGGCGGCCAGCCGGCGGCAUGCCAAGUGGAAGAAAGCGGUGGAGCGGUCGUUUGCGCUGGCAGACCUGACUCAGGACCUGGAGGAGGACAGCGAGCAGCGGUCAGAGGCUGCGCAAGCGACGGAACACGGCGACGGCGGCGGCAAGGCCCCCGCGGCGCAUGAGCCGGCAGGCCCAUAA